AUGAAGCUAAUUAAGCAGGACAUCGAAAAGGACAACUCGGGGUAUGUGCGCCUCUCGCCCGAGGAGCCCGAGGACAUGUGGCAUGUCUACAACCUCAUCCAAAAGGGCGACCAGCUACAAGCAUCAACUAUACGUGGAAUUAAAAGCGAAACCACCACGGGGUCCGUAUCCACAGAUCGCAUACGGCUCAAAUUGACUAUUUCCAUUGAAGACGUGUUUUUCGACGUCCAAGCGGGCGCCCUGCGCAUCAAUGGACGCAAUAUAGCCGAGAAUAAGCACGUUGGAAUUGGCCAAUACCACACGCUGGAUCUUGAGAUGAACCAGCCGUUCACAUUAAGCAAGUCCGAGUGGGACAUGAUUUCCUUACAGCGCGUCAAAGAUGCUUGCGACAUUACGCGCCAGGCAGACGUCGCGGCAGUUACUAUGCAGGAGGGCUUGGCAGUCAUCUGCCUGUUGACACAGUAUAUGACCGUGGUCAGACAACGGAUUGAGGUUCCGAUUCCACGUAAGCGCAGAGGAUCGACGGAAAACUAUGAGAAGGGCGUCCAGAGAUUCUACGACCAGAUAUACCGGGCCAUCAAGCAACACAUCGACUUCAGCGUUGUCAAGGUUGUUAUUCUGGGCAGUCCUGGAUUUGUGCGCGAGCAGUUCUACGAUUACAUGCUGGCCCAGGCGGUGAAGACAGAGGAUAAGGUGAUUAUGGAGAACAAGUCAAAGUUUUUGCUAGUGCACACAUCCUCGGGCCACAAGGGCGCGCUAGAGGAGGUUAUGCGCGACCCACAGAUCAAGGCGCGACUGGCUGACACCAAGGCUACGCAGGAAGUCAAGGCAAUGGACGAGUUCUACCAGAUGCUCAAUAACAAACCGGAUCGCGCAUUCUAUGGCUACGAGGAUGUGCGCAAGGCAGCAGAAAAUGGCGCCAUCAGGACAUUGAUGGUCACAGACGAGCUCUUCCGUGCCGCCGACGUCCAGACGAGGAGGAAAUACAUCCGGCUCGUUGAAGACGCAAAGGCAACAAGCGCGGACGUACUGGUCUUCUCCAGCCUCCACGUUUCUGGAGAGCAGUUGCAGCAGCUGACGGGCGUAGCCGCUAUUCUCAAUUUUCCACUGAUUCUUGACUCUGACACUGAGUACAGCAGUGCCGAAGAGAGCGACCAAAAGGAAUCCUUUGACGAGGAGUUGUGCAUGUGA